GGCCGGUCUGCCUCAAUCGCCUUCGCAUUUCCCUUUCAUGUCUUUGUGGUGACUACCAAUCCCGGUCCUACCUCUCUAACCCCCACUCCUCUCUUUUAUAUUUCUCUCCCGCUAUGUUUCGUCCCGCAUCUCGAGUCCUCCUCCGCGCGCCAGCCGUCGCCCGUGGCCCGGCCAGCAGACGAUUGAUAAGCACCGCACCCGCCGAAUCCAAACCGAGGAGUUGGAAGAACACCGCAGUCCGGCUGGGGUUGGCCGCAGGCGCAGUCUACUACUAUAACACAAGCAACGUGUUCGCAGAGAACCCUUCCUUCUCUCUCCUCUCCCAGUCCAAGACCGACUCUGAAGAACCCCUCCCAACCCUCGACUCCAUCAAGCCCAAGAUCCGCGAAGAGAGGGAAUCCGCUGCCCCCAAAUCCAAUGCCGAACCCGCCCCAGCACAAGAGCUCUCCCUCGGCGAGGGCGCGCUGAAGUCGCCUCAGGAACUCGAAGAGGAGGCCGGUCAGGAAGCCGCGUUCAACCCCGAGACUGGCGAGAUCAACUGGGACUGCCCUUGUCUGGGCGGAAUGGCUCACGGCCCUUGCGGAGAGGAAUUCAAGGCUGCUUUCAGCUGCUUCGUGUACUCUGAGGAGGAGCCUAAGGGCAUGGACUGCAUUGAGAAGUUUAAGGGCAUGCAAGAUUGUUUCCGCCAGUACCCUGAGGUUUAUGGUGCCGAGCUUGAGGACGAUGAGGAGGCUGGUGCUGGUGAAGCCGCUGCUGCUCCCGCUCCCGAGGGUGAGGCCCAGAACGCUCAGCCCCUAGCCACCGAGCUCGAUGCGGCCUCGUAUCCGGAUGAGAAGCGCGCCCGCGCAAAGGGGGUUGCCGCACAGGCGAAGUCAGAGUUCGCUGAGAAGGGCGAGCUCGCCGAGAGCGAGGAGUUGCUCCCCAAGGCUUGGCACGAUACGGAAAGCAAAAACGAGACCGAGAAAUAAAAACACCCUUAGCACAUAUUUCUUGCAUGUGUCGUGAGACGUGACAUGGACCAACAGAACAGAGUCGGAUUUUUUUUUUUUUGUUUCUCGGUGGAUAAGAUGAAAAGUUAGGAGUCUAGAUCUUGGUCCGAUCUGAACUGCUCUAGGUCCGGGAGGGUUAUUGCGGGAUUGGGGGGCUCUGAGUUGGGGAGAUUGUAUAUCUCCUUUUUUGUACUAUAUACCCUCCCCCCUCCACCC